GCGCGUCCUUCAGAACCCAUAUUCUAACCAACUAGGCACAAUUGCGGCAAACGGAAUUGAUAGAAACUGCGUAAUUUUUUUUAUUGGAGGUUUGAAAAUACCAUUGGGAUGAGAAUAGCUUAUGGUUUAUGUCGUGAGAAUGGUGUGAUACUUUGCGGCACACGGCAUUGAGCACCGCGGGGUGAUUCACCUCCUCUGUGGGUCUCUAUCAAUAUGUUCUCCGUUUGCGUCCUCUUGGUCCGCCUCCAGGCAGAGCGCGUACAACCCUCAUCGAAGCAGCUACAGCCGCGCAUGGUCGCCAAUCUGUCUCGUUUAUGGGUCACAGCAUCAUUUUAGGCAGCCUUCACCGGAGGAUAGCCAACAUUUGGACAAAGCAGUCCCUUACAGGAUUUCAAAGAACAUUUUACCGGGUAUUCUUUCAAAGAAUUAUUCUCUUUUUCCUUAUUUAGGCCAACGUUUCCUUGCCAACUGGAUAUUUUGUCUUUCUUGAAACCCCUAUGGCCAGUCUUUAUCAAUGAAAUGAUACGUCUGCUGUGCGGUCCUGCGCGUCAUCGGACACCUGGCUGGUUUUACAGGGCGUGGUGUUCAUGCUAGACACUACAGGAGACACAGAUCAGGUGUUGUACUGGAGAGACACGUGUGCCGGCUAGACGCCACUAACAGCAAUGUGCUGUARAGCAAUCAAGACUGUUUCCUAAGCAGGUGUAAACAAUAGUAGUUAUCCAAAACAGAUAUAUAGAGUGUGAACUUGACAAAAAAAAUGACUCACUUGCAAGCGGGCCUGAGCUCUGAGACUACGGAGAAAGCUCGGCUGGAGCUCAACGAGAACCCCGACAGCCUCCACGCAGACAUCCAGCAGGUGCGCGACAUGAUCGUGACGCGGCCCGACAUCGGCUUCCUGCGCACGGACGACGACUUCAUCCUGAGGUUUCUGCGGGCGCGCAAGUUUAACCAGGCAGAGACCUUCCGGCUCCUGGCCCAGUACUUUCAAUUCCGCCAGCAGAACCUGGACAUGUUCCAGAGCUUCAAGGUGGACGACCCGGGAAUCAAACGGGCGCUGAUGGAUGGCUUCCCAGGAGUCUUAGAAACACCGGAUCAGCACGGCCGGAAGAUACUCAUCCUUUUCGCCUCCAACUGGGAUCAAGGCAGGAACUCUUUCACAGACAUCCUCCGAGCCAUCCUCCUCUCCCUGGAGGUUCUCAUAGAGAACCCAGAACUCCAGAUCAACGGCUUCAUCUUGAUUAUCGACUGGAGUAACUUCUCCUUCAAGCAGGCUUCCAAGCUCACGCCCAACAUCCUCAAACAGGCCAUCGAAGGCCUGCAGGACAGCUUCCCUGCUCGCUUCGGUGGGAUCCAUUUUGUAAACCAGCCCUGGUACAUUCACGCCAUGUACACCAUCAUCAAGCCUUUCCUCAAGGACAAGACAAGGAAAAGGAUUUUCCUCCAUGGGAACAACCUCAACAGUUUACACCAGUUAAUUCUACCCGAUUGUCUGCCGUCCGAGUUCGGUGGCACGCUGCCGCCCUAUGACAUGGGCAUCUGGGCGCGGACCCUCUUAGGGCCCAACUACAACGACGAGACGGAGUACACACUCACCUACGACGCCCUCCACGUCAAAGACAACUAUGGUGGUGGAGACAAGGAAUGUGCCGACAAACUUCUGAAAAGGUCCCAGUCAGCCGUGGAGCCGGGUACCCUACGACAAGCAGACAGGGAGAACACGGCACAGCCGCUCCUGGCUCUGGACUGAUCUCUCCUGUCCGUACAUACUGGAGCCAAACCCCUCUCAUUAGGAUUCCAACCCCACUGACUCCAAAACCUAAAUCUGAACUUUGAGAAAGUCAAAAGGAGACUCUAAACCCUUGUUCACAUGGAGCUGCUGUACUGAAAACCUCUCAUCUCUUGACUCUGAGCCAGUGGCAGUUUCAGUUCAGGACCUUCAAAAGCUGUGCCAUCCACUUUCACGGGCAAACCUGUCCGUCACCAGCCAUCCAAAUCAAUGCUGAUAGGAGUAGAAUGAUUAAACGAAUGUCAGUGUUACCAGUACCACUAGGAGGGACCGACUGACCGAGUUAAAUGUCAAAGUGUCUCGAGAACAAAAUGCCAAACUGUAUCUUACUGUUUUAGGGGAUGUCGUUUCUAUGAAAGUCAAUAUAUUUCAAGAUUGUAUAUUUAUCAGGGCAACUGCACUAUCAGUGUGACCUCCAUCGAACUGCAAUGUAUUUAAGUAAUCUUUAAAAGAAUGUAUAGAAAAAGCAUUUUUAGUUGUGUGCUAAUUACGUGUGUGAAUGUUCAGGUUGUCAUUGAAAUU